UCCGGGAUCCGGCAACUUUGGGUAGCGCAUGCGCGCCCGCGGCGCUCCAUCCCAAACACACACACAUUUUUCCCCCGGACUUGGAAAGUCACCCAAAGCCGCCCCAAGUGCAGGUAAACAGACCUCGCUGAGUGAAGGCAAAGACCCUCUCCAGCCCACCUGCCUUUCCCGCUGUUACGGCGUCGACCCGUCCUGUAGAAGGGGGUCCUGCAACUCUUGUGGUGUGUGUUGGAAUGGACUUCGGACCCCAGCUUCUUGGGAUGCAAAGGAUGAAGUGACGCCCCCACUGCGAGAGAGGAGCCUCUAGGACCCACUACAAGAGUUUGGGACCAAAGAGAGGAGAAUGGAUCUUGGUACAGCUGAAGGCACCCGGUGCCCUGACCCGCCUGCAGGCAAGCCCGCGAUGGCGGCCAAACGCAAAGGCGGCCUGAAGCUCAACGCCAUCUGCGCCAAGCUGAGCCGCCAGGUGGUGGUGGAGAAGGGAGCGGAGGCCGAGGACAGCCCACUGCGGCCCCGGGACAAAGUGCGCAGUGGCCCUGAGUCGGGGGUGGCCCGGGCCCCCCGCAGCGAAGAGGACAAGAGGCGGGCGGUGAUUGAGAAGUGGGUGAACGGGGAGUACAGCGAGGAGGCGGCACCCACACCCGUGCUGGGGCGGACUGCCCGGGAGGGUCUGGAGCUGCCACCCGAGGGCGUCUACAUGGUGCAGCCCCAGGGCUGCAGCGACGAGGAAGACCACGGCGAGGAGCCUCCCAAGGAUGGCAGCGUCAUGGAGAAGGACUCGGACGGGGCAGCCUCCAAGGAUGAUAGUGGUCCCAGUGCCAAGCAGGCUUCAGGAGAGGCCUCCUCGCUGCGGGACUACGCGGCCUCCACCAUGACCGAGUUCCUUGGCAUGUUUGGCUAUGAUGACCAGAACACGAGGGACGAGCUGGCCGGGAAGAUCAGCUUCGAGAAGCUGCACGCGGGCUCCACGCAGGAGGCAGCCACCUCCUCCGCGCUGCCCGCCUCCGAGGACGCCCUCAGCAAGCGGGCGCGGUUCUCCAAGUAUGAGGAGUACAUCCGCAAGCUCAAGGCCGGCGAGCAGCUGUCCUGGCCGGCCCACGGCACCACAGCCGAGGGGCGGGCCGGCAAGGAGGCCCUGGGCCCCCUGCCUGGCCUGCGGCUGCCCAGUAGCACCGCGCACCUGGAGACCAAGGCCACCAUCCUGCCCCUGCCCUCACACAGCAGUGUCCCCAUGCAGGGCCUGGUGGCCCGUGCCUCCAAGUACGACUUCUUCAUCCAGAGACUGAAGACGGGUGAGAACCUGCGGCCCCAGAAUGGGAGCGCCUACAAGAAGCCGUCUAAGUACGACCUGGAGAACGUCAAGUACCUGCACCUCUUCAAACCCGGGGAGGGCAGCCCCGACAUGGGAGGGGCCAUCGCCUUCAAGACGGGCAAGGUGGGGCGCCCCUCCAAGUACGACGUCCGGGCCAUCCAGAAGCCGGGCCCCGCCAAGGUUCCGCCCACCCCCAGCCUGGCUCCUGCACCCCUCGCCAGCGUGCCCACUGCUCCCAGUGCCCCCGGGCCAGGCCCUGAGCCACCUGCCUCCCUGCCUUUCAACACUCCCGAGUACCUGAAGUCAACCUUCUCCAAAACAGACUCCAUCACCACGGGGACCGUCUCCACUGUCAAGAACGGAUUGCCCACAGAUAAACCAGCUGUCACUGAAGAUGUAAACAUUUACCAGAAAUAUAUUGCCAGGUUCUCAGGCAGUCAGCACUGUGGCCACAUCCAUUGCGCCUACCAGUACCGCGAGCACUACCACUGCCUCGACCCCGAGUGCAACUACCAGAGGUUCACGAGCAAGCAGGACGUGAUCCGGCACUACAACAUGCACAAGAAGCGGGACAACUCCCUGCAGCACGGCUUCAUGCGCUUCAGCCCACUGGACGACUGCAGCGUCUACUACCACGGCUGCCACCUCAACGGGAAAAGCACCCACUACCACUGCAUGCAGGUGGGCUGUAACAAGGUGUACACGAGCACAUCGGACGUGAUGACCCACGAGAACUUCCAUAAGAAGAACACCCAGCUCAUCAACGACGGCUUCCAGCGCUUCCGAGCCACCGAGGACUGCGGCACGGCCGACUGCCAGUUCUACGGGCAGAAGACCACGCACUUCCACUGCAGGCGCCCCGGCUGCACAUUCACCUUUAAGAACAAGUGUGACAUCGAGAAGCACAAGAGCUACCACAUCAAGGACGACGCCUACGCCAAGGAUGGCUUCAAGAAGUUCUACAAGUACGAGGAGUGCAAGUAUGAGGGCUGUGUGUACAGCAAGGCCACCAACCACUUCCACUGCAUCCGCACCGGCUGCGGCUUCACCUUCACCUCCACCAGCCAGAUGACCUCCCACAAGCGCAAGCACGAGCGCCGGCACAUUCGCGCCUCAGGCUCGGGCGUGCUGGGGCUGCCGCCCUCGCUGCUGGGCGCCAAGGACACGGAGCACGAGGAGUCCAGCAACGACGACCUGGUUGACUUCUCUGCCCUGAGCAGCAAGAACUCCAGCCUCAGCGCCUCCCCCACCAGCCAGCAGUCCUCCGCCUCCCUGGUCACCGCCACUGCCACCUCCGAGGCUGGGCCCAGUGCCACCAAGCCUCCCAACAGCAAGAUCUCGGGGCUGCUGGCCCAGGGCCUGCCUGGCUCCAUCCCCCUGGCGCUGGCCCUCUCCAGCUCGGGCCUGCCCAGCGCUGCGCCCUGCUUCCCCAUCCUCCCGGGCCGGGGCAACACUUCCCUGACCGUGGGUGCCCCCGGCCUCAUGGGCACCAUGUCGUCAGGGACAGCAGCCUCAGUAACCCCCGACACACCCGCUCUGGCUGCCUCGGGAGCUGGUGACUCGGCCUCAGCGGCAGCUGCCUCUGUCCCGGUGCCCCCUGCCUCCAUCAUGGAGAGGAUCUCUGCGAGCAAGGGCCUCAUCUCACCCAUGAUGGCCCGGCUGGCUGCGGCCGCCCUCAAGCCCUCUGCCACCUUUGACCCAGGAAAUGGGCAGCAGGCCACCCCUGCCAGGUUCCCCCCAGCCCCGGUGAAGCAGGAGCCCGGUGAGAGUGCUGGCGCCCCAGGUCCCCACGAGGCCUCCCAGGACCGCAGUUUAGACCUGACUCUGAAGGAGCCCAGUAAUGAAUCAAAUGGCCACGCAGUCCCGGCAAAUUCAUCUCUUUUAUCCUCGCUUAUGAAUAAGAUGUCUCAGGGCAAUCCCAGCCUCGGCAGCCUGUUGAACAUCAAGGCAGAAGCGGAGGGGAGCCCCGCCGGGGAGUCCUCGCCCUUCCUGGGCAAGGCCGUGAAGGCGCUGGUUCAGGAGAAGUUGUCAGAGCCCUGGAAGGUCUACCUUCGCAGGUUUGGCACCAAGGACUUCUGCGACGCGCAGUGUGACUUCCUGCACAAGGCCCACUUCCACUGCGUGGUGGAGGAGUGCGGCGCGCUUUUCAGCACCCUGGACGGGGCCAUCAAGCACGCCAACUUCCACUUCCGGACAGAGGGAGGAGCAGUGAAAGGAAAUGUGGAGGCUUCCUUCCUGGCCUCGGCUGCUGAGACCAAACCUUCCUUGGCCCCCUCACCCCCUCCAGCGCCUCCCAUCACCACGGCCACGGCUUCCUCUCUCGAGGGGCCCACUCCCAGCCUGGCUGCAGUGCCCUCCAGCCCCACCCUGCUCGCCUGGAAGCAGCUGGCUUCCACCAUACCCCAGAUGCCUCAGAUUCCAGCGUCAGUGCCUCACCUGCCCACCUCGCCCUUGGCAACGACUUCUCUAGAAAACGCCAAGCCCCAGGUCAAACCCGGAUUCCUCCAGUUCCAGGAGAAGUGAGUCCCUCGAUGAGCCGGGAGCCCUGUGUCCCCCAUGUGUCUCGGGAGUAGGUGCUAGUAAGGGCAGCUGAGGAGGCCCUGCUCCUUCCCCUGCGGUAGCCCAGGCUGUCCCCAGCCUCUCUGGGACACGGUCACUGGGUGAUGUCCUUCUAGCCAAAGUUGCUGCUGCUCAGACCUCACUGCCUAUUCCCGGAGCAGGUGGCCGGGGUGGGGGGAGAUGGUGGAGGUAGUGGCCACUGUUCCAGAGAGGCCACUGGUGACGCUGCGAGGACCAGCCUGGGUGGGCCAGGAGUGGCGGUCCUCGCCCGGCAAGGCGGGCUGCGUCUCCCUCCGGGUCCCCUUGUUGGUCUCUGUGGCUCACACCCAUGGUUGAGUCUCUGCAGGGCAAGCAAAGUCAUAGGUGGGCGGCGAGGGGGCUAGGCCCUCCUCUGGACACCCCCCCCCCAACCUGCACAAUGGUCUGAGCUCUCAGGGGUGGAAGGGAGGGACCUUCCUCGCUGGAUGGUGGUGUCUCCCUGCGGCGAGAACGGUGACUCUGUAUCAUGAUAUGUGCGGCUUCCUGUUCUCAAUAAAAGUAAUAAAUUGGA